ACAACAACAACAACACUGCUAGCAGCGUUAGCUCGAAGGAAAGCGAGGUGUAAUUUUUUCUGCUGGUUUGGGACAUAAUAACAGGUACGCUGGAAUUUUCUGAUACUCACUCGGACAUGUCCUAUGUCUUCAUCAACGACUCGUCGCAGACCAGCGUGCCUCUGCUGCAGUCAUGCAUUGAUGGAGACCUGCCCUUUGGCAAGAGGCUCCUGGAGACGGGAUGUGACCCCAACAUCCGUGACAACCGGGGACGCACCGGCCUCCACCUAGCCGCCGCCCGGGGAAACGUGGACAUAUGUCGCCUCCUGCACAAGUUCGGGGCUGAUCUGUUGGCGACGGAUUAUCAAGGAAAUACAGCGUUGCAUCUGUGCGGUCACGUGGACACUAUACAGUUCCUGGUGUCCAACGGGCUGAAGAUUGAUAUCUGUAACCACAAUGGAUCGACUCCUCUGGUACUCGCAAAGAGACGUGGGGUCAACAAGGACGCCAUUCGUCUUCUGGAAGGGCUGGAGGAGCAGGAGGUGAAGGGUUUCAACAGAGGGCCCCACUCCAAGCUGGAGACCAUGCAGAUGGCUGAUAGUGAGAGUGCGAUGGAGAGCCACUCCUUACUCAACCCCAACCUGCAGAGCAGCGAGGGCGUCCUGUCCAGCUUCAGGACCACCUGGCAGGAGUUUGUGGAGGACCUGGGCUUCUGGAGGGUCCUGCUGCUGCUGGUGGUCAUCGCCCUCCUCUCACUGGGCAUCGCCUACUACGUCAGCGGAGUCUUGCCUUUCUCCACCAGCCAGCUGGAGCUGGUGCACUGAGGGAAGGCAGGGAUGAGGUUGGUGAGGAAGAAGCAAGAGGUAGUUAAAUGAACAAGGGAGGUUCUGCUUUCGGCUUCACUUAUACAGAACAAAAAUCCAGAGUUUUGUUUAUUUGCUGCCCUGAUCUUGUCUUUUUUUGUUGUUGUCUAAACCCUGAAACAUCACGAUAUUGUUAGUAAAAAGCAGUGAUUAAAAAAACUCACUUUCUCAACUAAAAACAUACUUAUAAACCAGCUUACAAGUUUGACGGGUUGAGGUAAUUAACAAGAAGAUCCAGGCUCAGUCACUCACACCAAGACCACGUAUCGGUCUUGUUUCAGCACUCUGACAUUUCCCCUUUAAAACGAGCUGCUUUUGAAAAUGUCGUGACUCAUUGAGAAAACAUGAGUCUUGUUUUGUUAAUGCAAUGACACUAUCCAGCUCCCUGUCUAUUCAUUCAUACUGUAUUCUCUGUUACAAGCUGUAUAUUGCCAAUGUUUUGUAUCUUCUUUUUUCAUAGUCUGUUAUUUAUCAAAUGUCUUCUGUAUUGAUUUUCCUGUAUACUUAAUGUUUGUUACGAUCUUGCUCCCGUGCUGUUCAUAUCCUGUUCGUUUUAUUUAAAGGUCCCAUAUUGUGUCUGGUUUUAGCGAAUCAGUGAAAGUCUCACGUCUCCCCAGAAUGUCUUUCAAAUUUCAACUCACAAUACAUGCACGUUACAUUUCACUAUGACUGAAAACCCUGAUUUUAGCCUCGUUCUAAACGGGCUGUUUCAGUGUCUGUAGCUUUACAUGCAGCUGAGCUGCUGCUGUUGCCGCCUUCUUCAGGAAGAAGACUCUCAGCCGACGUAGCUGAGUGCGUCAGACCAGGACUUUCUGUCGCUUCUAACUUUGGAAAACAGGGAAACCUUGGUGAAGUCACAGCACAGCAGGUGUUUAUAUCUCAUGUGUUUGUCAGAUGACGUUACGGUUUUAAAACCUGUGUUUCAUUGAUGAGGAGCCGGUUAUGAUGUGGUGUUGGUCGGCUGCCUUUCAGUCACUGCUUCAUACUCAGUCUGUUGUCUGAUAACAGGAAAAGGAAAACGUGUGCAAGAAAACAGCUUUAUUGGGAAUUUGGCUUUUAAAACAGCAGCUGAGUUUUAAGUUGAACUGAAGCACAACUGGUGACCCAGUAACCCACCCAGUCCUUGUCUGCUGGUUGUACGUCAGUCUUAAAGUUUCCACCGUCUCUUACUUCGGCAGACCUCUGACCUGGUGAUCAAAGCUGAAGGUCGUGUUAGCCACGUUAGCUGCACAUGAGGAGUUUUUUAUUGGUAGAAUCAGUAAUAAUCCACUGGGUGUUCAGUUCCUCAGAUGCUGGCAGUGCAUGAAGACUCUUGUGUUCACUCUUGCGGCCAACAGCAGGACAUUUGGUGGGUUUUGCUUGCGGCUGAGACUUUUUAGUUUUGGUAGAAACAGCUGUAGAAAGUCAAUCAAUCUGGUAAACUGGGAGGAAAGAAGCGGCAGGAUUAUGUACACUUCUAGCUGCUAGUUUCUACAUAACACCAGAAUAAAAGGCUCACCGGCUCGUCAGACUGGAAGGCCUCCAUGGAGUGGCACAAGUCAGAAUUGUCACAUUUUCACAGCUUUUAUUUUGCACCUCCAAGUUUGUAAAGCAGGAUUUUCACCAUAUGGGACCUUUGAAGAACAUCGUACUCUGACUGGAAACUGUUGUGUGAACUUUGCUUCACUGAUGUUCUGCAGUGAUGUUGUUAUCUGCCUGCUUAGAGCGGAAAAGCACCUUGACUGUGCGCCUCUUGACAGAAAGCUUCACGUCUCGCCGUCGCUCACUCAGACAUUCCCUCCUGCAGCAUGCAGCUUCGUUGCUUUGAGUUCCACCACGUCGUUGUGAACGCCACAUGUAGGCACCGUGCGCGUAAACUGUAGGAUUCUGGCAGCAGACUAAUGCUUCUUACUUUUGUUGUACAUUCAUUUUAUCUUAAUGGUCUCAGUUGAAGUUUUUCCACCGUUGAUUUUCCGUGUACAUGACAUUAAACAUUUGAAGUAAUUUAAUGUAGAAAAUGAAUAAAAUCAUGUGUAUGAAUGAUUGUAAUAUUCA